AUGGCAUUCGCCGACCCCGUACCCAAACUCCCCCACGAGCUAAUGCUCAUCAUCGGAAAACAUGCAUUCACCGAUCCGGCACUCCCUCUCGAGCUCUUGCUCAUAAUAGGAGAACACGCCGAUACUCGAGUGCUCUCCGUGCUCUCCCGCACGUGCCACGCUCUCCACACUCUCCUCGCCCGGGAACUCCGCAAGAGAUUCACCACCGACAUCGAGGAGAUCGCCAUCUGGGCCGUCACCUCCCACCGCCCUCUGCUCCUUGAACGCGCCCUAACCACCUCUCUCACCACUCUCACCCCAGGUUCUGCCAUUGCCACCUGCCGGAACCCGCUCCACGACACUCUCAAGCGGCGGCUCCCCCAACUCUCCCAACUCUCCUUGCUCGUGGAGCACAGGAAGGUCGAGACCGUCAAGAUUCUGCUGUGCCACGACAUCAUUCACAUCCCGAGGAUACGCACUUGCACCACCACCACCCAACCCUCGAGCACCCGUCCCAUCACUCAGUCCCGGAGAACCCGUCGCACAAACCGGCCCCUGAGCAGCGCCGGUCCCAUCACCCGGUCCCCCAGAUGGUCGAUUGACGGAACAUGUGCUACAGCAUGGAUGGAGCAUGCGGUGCGCCAUGGAGAUCUGUGGCUGGCGCGGCGGCUCCUAAAGAAGGCGGGCGCCAAAGUGCAUGGAAGCGCAGUGGGGGUACAGGGGAACCAGACACUAUUGGACAUUGCGAGAGAUCGGAGAUUUGAGAAACCGAGGGGCCAGAAUGUGGAGGAGAUGAUACAGCUGUUGGUGGACCGUGACCCGAAGCCGAGCCCCCCUCACUAUCCGGGUGUUCGGCCGGAGAACCAGGAGCACUUGGAGAAGAUGCUGAAGGUGUCCAAAGACCCAAGCGCACUCCUCAAUGCUUGGGUGGCUGAGGAAAUGGAGUACGCCUACGAUCAGUUAGUCGAAAGGGGUGCGGCCGUGGCACCGGGUAUGAAGAGGGAUAGGAAGAACCCAGGCCGUUUUCGGCUGCUGCCCAGUGCAUACAUGUGA